ACUCCAAUUGUCAUAUGGCAUUGUAGUCGUCAUUGCUUUCAGCCGCUGUUCAUGGUGCGCCACUCUUUCUAUCGCACAGCAGCAUUACUACUGAGUCGCUUUUCACCCAGAAAAAAAAUCUUAUAUAUUAUCCUCGCCGUCAAGGCUGAGUUACAUCUCUUGCAUUGCCAAUCACUUCUAGAUUGAUUUGCCGUCGACCAAGACUUUGUCGGAAAUAUUAAUAGCUUCGAUAUCCCUUUCGUUGUGUAUCAUAAACCAACACCCGUGCUCUCAGUAUCUCUCACCACAAUCUCUGGCAACCCAGGCUACUUCGUUGUCAAUCAUGAACUUCACGCCCGUCCAAUACCCGGCACCUUCGCCCUUCGUUAGCUCAACGUCGGAUGACCACUCGAUGCUAGACACCACUUCAGCAUAUGCGUCACCUAUGUAUGCAGCGUCUUUCGAUAUGCACAGCUCUCGAUCGCUAGCUGGACUAGGGAUUUCACACCUUGGGAUGGAGACUUUUCCGUCUGAAGCAGAAUCGUACCCGCGUUCGGGACUACCUAUUUUGUCAGAUAGCAAUUGGUCGGAUACCGUCAUGAGACCCGAGACCUUCCUCCAAACCCCUCCGAGAUACAACCAUUUGCCAUCGACAACCCACUAUGAGCCGCGAAGUGGUGUUCGAGAGGCUGCCGCCUCCCCUUCAAGCUUCUACAGUUCACAUACAUUCAGUACAUCGCCAAGCCAUGGUUCGAGUACAGAGACCGAGGGUCAGCAAGAUGCAGUACCAGAAGAUAGGCUAUUCGAAUGGCCUAGCACUCCUACUUCUGAUGGUCCGAAUAUGCCAGUAGACUGUACCAUAAUGAAGGGGGAAUCGGAGGAGUUGUGGGCACCGUCUCGGUUCGAGGACACGGCUCCUAAUACAUCUUCUGCUCUUUCGCAAAUGCCACCUACGCCCGCGGGCAAUCCAGGCUCAGGGAUACAGUGGCCUCAAAGCGCAAGUCAAGGAAGCUCAGCCGGGUUUAUUCCCGACCAGGAAACAGCACUUGGGCUGAUCCCCGCCGACGUGAUCUCAAGGUGGAUUGAAGAGGUGGUCGGAGCUCCUGACGGGGCGCUGAAGAUACCAUCUGCCAGUGGUCUGCAGUGCAGUGUGUGUGGGCAUCGCUUCACUCGGCGCUCUAAUUGUCGCGAGCAUGAGAAGAGGCAUGACCCGAUGCUGAGAAAAUCUUUCCCAUGUGACACUUGUGGAAAGGCAUAUGGGCGGAGGACUGAUCUCCGUAGACAUGUGGAAAGUACCCAUCUUCAGUUGCGUAAAUUCUACUGCGAGCAGUGCGGCCAGAGCUACAGCCGACAGGAUACACUUAAUAGACACAAAACGGACGGGUGCCCCCGAAAGACUCGAAAGUGCAAUGUGUAGAAGCAAAUCAGAUUGUUUCAACUUCUGCAUCCUUUCACCUCACUGAGCAGCGUCCGUAUCCCCCCCCCACGUGAGUGAGAGCGCAAGGACUACCGCCACACACACACACACAUUGUGUACCCAGUCAUGUUUGCGUGGAUCGCAAGCACGAGUCCACUUUCCUUACGCCUGUAUGUUUUUUUUUUGGGAGGUUGCAGUCGAC